AUGGGUGAUUUUAAUAUCCACAUUGAAGACGAAAAUGAUUCAGUUGCACAAAGAAACAUUGCUUGCAUAGACCUAGAUGCUUUUGUUGAGGACAUUCUUAAGUCAAAACUAUGUGACACUGAUUGCUUCAAAGACCUCGAUAGUGCAGUUGAUAUCUAUGAGUCUGAGUUGAGCAGUAUUUUGGACAAGCAUGCUAAAGAAAAAACUUUCAUCCCAAGAAAAGAUCAUAACGCUGAAUGGUGGUCUACACACUGUCAACAAGCAAAAGCAAUGAGAAGAAAGAUUGAGAGACUGUAUCAAAAGAAUCAUGAUUGCCCAGAUUAUAAACGACUGUACAGGAAAGCAUCAGAGAGAGCAUCCUCAGUCAUUGUAUCCACAAGAGAUCACUUCUACAAAACAAGGUUACAAGAUAGUGCAGGUGAUGCUAAAAAGACUUAUUCCAUCGUUAAUAAGUUGCUCAAUAAAGAAAAAGUUAGUACUACUACACCUUCUUGCUCUUCAAAUCUUGAGAGUGCUAACAACUUUGCACAGUUCUUUAAAUCAAAGGUCGACAACAUAUACAACAACAUUUAUUUAGAACAACAAUCCCAAGAUUCUCCUAACUCAGAUGAAUUUGUUCCUCUUUCUAAUAGCCCAAAGAUAGUACAAUUCCGUCAUGUGUCUGAUGAAGAACUAGUAAGCAUCAUAAAGAAUAUGUCUAAAAAAUUCUGUGAUCUUGACCCCAUACCUACAAAGAUUCUCAUCAAGUGUCUCCCAGAACUCCUUCCUCUGAUCUCAUUUAUAGUCAAUGAAUCAUUAGUUAAAGGUGAGUUUCCUAUAAAACUUAAGGAGGCUCUCAUUCGUCCAAGUUUGAAGAAACGUGGCCUUGACGGUGAAUCUCUAUCUAACUAUAGGCCUAUUAGCAAUCUCUCAUUCUUGUCAAAAAUCAUUGAGAAGUGUGUAUCUAUACAGCUCACCAGUUAUCUUGAGGAUAACAACUUGCUUUCUAAAGUUCAGUCCGGCUAUAGGAAGUUUCAUAGCUGUGAAACUGGAACAACCAGAAUCCAUAACGACAUCUUGAUAACUAUUGACAAGAAAACUAAAGUUGUUCUUUUACUUCUAGAUUUGAGUGCUGCCUUUGAUACUGUCAAUCACCCAAGAUUAAUCAAGAAGCUAAGAUCUGCUUAUGGCAUUACAGGCAUUUCUCUUACAUGGAUCAGGUCCUACUUGGCUAACCGUUCAUUUUGUGUCAAAGUCAAGGAUUCGUCUUCCUCAGCAACUCCUCUCUACAGAUUGUUAAGGAUCAAGAGCCACAUGUUGUUAGUGGAACUGUGA